UGCUGAGUGUGAUAGUUGACCGGUUAAAGUCGAGAUCAUAUUGAAAUACAUGUAAUAUAGCAGUAUGGCCUGGAAAUCGGACAUGAUAUGUAGUGUUUUAAUAUUAAUUUAAAAUGGCUGAAAACAGUUAUAGUGUAAAUUUAAAUGAUAAAGAACAAAAUGAGAACACUACAGACCAACAUAUCACAAAUAGACCAUCGUCAGUAAAUAAAGUGAAUACAUUACACUGGUUUGCAUAUAUUGGGCCAGAAUUACCGGAUAUUUAUCCGCAAGAUCGUGAUGAUCGUUUACGUCAAGUACGUGAUCGUCAAAAUGAGGAACGACUUAGAAAAUUAAAUGAAAUCAAACAACAAGCAUUACAAGCACAAAAAAUACGUGAACAAAAAGAGGAAGAACGACGUAGACGUAUUGAGGAGAUGCGUGCACGUGAUCAAGAUCGACGUGCGUUAGUCGAAGAACGUAAAAAACAAAUUGAAGAUGUUGAACGUGAUCGACGAGAAUAUAUAUUGCGUAAAAAUCAAGAGCGUGAAGAACGUCUCAAAUCUAAACAACGUAAUGAACGUUGUUCACCCGUAUUCGCAUUUGGUUCGUCUACGCCACGUAUGCUUGAGCCCGCCGAUACAGGUGGUUCAUCAUUUUGGACAAAUCGACGUGCUACAUCUACGACAAAUAUGAUGUUCGCUGGCCUUCCAAUUAGUCGAAGAUCUUCUGAACGUGAUGUCGAUGGCAGCAAAAAACGUGCCACCUCUGCUGGUGGAUUAGACAGGGAUCCACCAGAAGAUUUUCGAAUGUCUACAUCAAUGUAUGAAGUUUUUCAUUGGCACACUCCUAGCCCCUCUACUGGCUCUAGGCCAGCUCAGGAUGAUGCUGAUUCAAACAAUGUUCAAACACCGAUUGGAUACAACAAUCGUGUGGCAAGACGACGUACUGAUUUGAUGCCUACAAUACCGUCACCGCGUGGCACAUCGGUUCAACAUACAAAACCAUUCACCAGGUCACCAGGUAGGGCUUAUAGCAUGACGCGACUAGAUCAAUUAGCCCAGCCUAGACAACGGCGAGUUCCUACACCCGAACUGGACGUGGUUAUGGAGCAUCGACCCGUCUCCAUGACCCGUUCAUAUCCAAGUAAAAAGUCCGAUGUUGUAGAUACCAGUAAUCAAUUAUCGCGUAGUAUGAGUCAUUUGGCCGGUAGUAAACCUCUGCGGAAGUCUGAUACCAGCACAAGCAUGUCACAUUUGAAUUUUAGUCGCCCUAUGGUCACGCCUCGCAUGAAUAAAACGGAGCGCAUGCGUAGACAACGUCUGUUGAAUGCAAAUAAUACAGACAAUUUAGCACCAGGUGUGCGUAGCGGUGAAGCAACCCCAUCUCGACCUGGUAGUGCUAUGAGUGGCACAAGUAGUGUUGCAUCAGGAGUUACAAUGCGCAGGCCAACGUCUGCAGUACAUACUCCACCUAGAAAACCUAGGCCUGCAUCCAUUGCUGGUACAGGACUUUCUUCUGAUUACACCAAAAAGAAUAGUAUUUCUAAUAAUGAUGUUAAAAAUGUCGGAUCAGAUCAUUCGAAACCACCAAUUCCUCAUUCGAGUACAAAAUCUUUCAGUGGUAAAGUCGAUAGAAUUCCAUCCAAAUCAAACUUAGGCUUAAAGGGAACAUCGUCUGCACGAAAUUCAGCAAAAACAACUCCUUUACAAUCACCCACAACUGAGAAUGUCGGUUUAAUUGGUGAUCAUCAUAAAUCAAUACCGAAUACACCAAAGCGAAAAGGUUCACGUCAAGAGAGUUCGUCCACAAAUCAACAACAACCGAUAACAAAUGGCGAUCAUCAUCAGACAAACAAAACACCAGCAAAACAGAAAUCGAAAAAUGUAACCGAUAAAGACAAUAAUAAUAAAACUGAUAAAGUCAAUCCUCCAGAAAGCGUGAAGGCGGAAGUUGUUGAAGCACAAAUAGAUACCACCACAACUCAAGUCAAUCAACAGGAACAUGUUACAAGUGAAAGUGUAAACGAAACCAUCGUAUCGGAAUCAUCUAGUGCAAAUGUUGAAAGCAAUCAAGUCGUUGAUAAUUUAAUAGAUGUUGAUUCAGAUCAACAGAAUCUUGUCGAUUUAGUUUCAGAAACAUCAACUCCAAAUAUAAUGAGCGUCAGUCAGCCGCCCCCACAAACUCAAUUCGAUAAUUUAGAACAAGUCGAUAUGAGUGCUUCUAUGAUAGCAAAAAUUCGAAUUACCACAGAAGAAGAAGCGAAAGCUGCAUUAGCUGAACGACGUCGAUUGGCUCGUGAAGAAGCCGAACGACAAGCUGAGCUCGAACGACAACGUUUAGAGGAAAUUGCACGAAUUCAAGCGGAAAAAGAACGUGCCGAAGAGGAGGAACAACGUCGAUUAGAGGAAGAAACUUUACGAUUAGCACAACAACAACGUGAAGCCGAAGAAUUACGUUUACGUCAAGCAAUCGAAGAGGCACAACGUCGUGAAGAAGAGGAGCGUCAACGAAAAAUCGAAGAAGAAAAACAAAAAGCUGAAAAAGAGGAACAAGAACGUAAAGCUCGUGAAGAAGCUGAAAAACAACGUAUUGAAUUAGCUGCGAAACUUGAAAAAGAGGAACGUGAACGUGAAGCACGACGUAAACGUGUCGAGGCAAUUAUGUCACGUACACGUGGGGCAUCCGCAAAUAAUAGUGCAAUACAAUCAAAUAACGAUUCAGAUAAUCAACAAUCGCAACAGAAUACACAAAGUGGUAACAAUCAAAGUGGCGGCGAAGAGAAUAAUAUUGUACGAAAUGGUACAACAAUCACGCAGGACAAACAACAAUUAACUAAACAAUUCAACAAUGAUAAUAAUACAAAUAAUGUUCUUAGAGAAGUUCAAUUGCAAUCUGGUGAUCAUCCGAUGCAGACGCCUAUUAUUAAUACACGACAAUUGUCUGUCGAUGGCGAAUUUAAUUCUGUUGUGGAACAACCUAGUUUGGCUACCAGUAAGGUGCCUUUAAAUGGUAGCAAUGUAGUUCAUAUAUUUGAACAGCACAUUAGUAGUAAUGCAAAUCCAGCUAGUGUAGACGUGCUUAUAAACGAAGAUACGAUCAAUUCAAAUAAAUCGGUAUCUGAGUCGUCGCAACAGCAAUCAGUAACAACGGGAGGCGAUUUGGCGUGAAGAACGUAUGUCUUUUCAAAUUCAGAACAGAUGAAAUUUCAGAGUCGUGUAUGAACCACACAAUCGUCGAUAUUCAAACAAACAAAAAACAGUCACCAUUACCAACUUUAAACAAAAAAACAUAAUAUUAAAAAAAAAAAUACUAAAAAAAAAAACUUAAAUAUUUAAAUAAAAAAAAAUUUAUUAAUCACAUUUCAUAAAAAAAAACAUAAUUAUUUACUAUUGGCAUUUUUCGCAAAUUGAGGAAAAACAAUUUUCAAAGUCAUUGUAUGCAUGUAAACUUCGCAAAAAUAAAAACUCUUUUUAUUUAGUUAAAAAUACACUAAAUUUUCAGCCAUUUAACUUUCUUAUGCUUGGGCGUUUUGGAUCCCCGGCAUCAUUGUGGCGACCAAAUAGAACAUAGCCAUUGUGGUUGGGUAUAUUUUACCCAUGUA